AAAAAGCCUCGAGGGAAGAUAGAUAAUAGUGAGAGAGAGAGAGACAGAAAUAAAAAAAGUUUUUGCUCCCACAACGCCAAGCUGCACUAUAACACUGCACUUUAUUCUCUCUUCUUCAAAUACGAUACUUUGCUCUGUUCCCAGACCGAGGUUAAAACUUUUAUUUGAUGAAGGAAUUCAGACACACACACACAGUCACACACUAAAAACCACAUAUUUACAAAUUACAACCAUCUCUUUCUAUCUCUCUUUUAACACCCGGCCUCUCCCUCUCAUUCAUUGUCUUGUUCUACAUUUCAGAAUCUUUAACUUGUCUUCCUUCCACGCAUCAUUAAACUCUUUAUCUGUUUUUUCGUACCAGUCCCUCUCUCUUUGAAAAUCUUUCUUUCAUUCAUUCUUUCUUUUUUCCUAAUUUUUUCACCGCCAGUUUUUUUUCUCUUUCUUUUCUUCUUGACCCACAUACAGAUUACAGAAGAGAAGACAAAGCUCAAGACAAAAAACAACACAAAUACCAACUGGGUUUUUUUUUCACUUUUGAGGAUUGGAAUAUCAUUAAUGAUUAUUGAAAAAGAAAAGAACCCACAUGAGACAAUGCCAUCACCAUGCAAAUUCUCUUCUUUCUCUUGGUUGUUUCAUCAUCCUGAUAUGAGUAAAAACUGAAACUCAUUAGUCUUUCGCUACUCCUGAAUCUUUAAUUCUUGUGUACAGGAGUAGUACUUAAGGACAUUCUGUCUUUUUUCAUCAAUUUGUUCGUCUGUUCAUUCUUUUUCAUUCUUUGUUUCUGUAAUCCGUGGAAGACGGACGAUACGGAGUUUCCAAUAGCAAUUUGAAGGGCUGGACCAGAAAGCUUGGUUUUUUUUCGAAGAUCACUUAUUGGGUUUAUAUGAAGUUGAUUAAAGAUGAGAGAUGGGAACUCCAAGAAAAACAAGCUUUCAUGGACGAAGAUGCUGGUCAAGAAAUGGUUCAACAUCAAGAGCAAAGCCGAUGACUUUCAUGCUGACGACGUCGUAUAUGGAGGUGUUGAUGAAGAAUGGAGGAACAAUUUCUCAGAGAGGAAUGCAUGCACUAUGAAGAAAAGCAAAACAGAGAAAUCAAGUAAAAGAGGUUCUGAUCAUGUCCGGCGAAGCAAAAUUGAUGUCGAUGCCUCCCUGGUCAGAGAUGUGCAGAAUUAUAGGUUAUUUGUAGCUACAUGGAAUGUGGCUGGGAAAUCUCCACCUAGUCAUUUGAAUCUUGAAGAUUGGCUGCACACUUCACCUCCUGCUGAUAUUUAUGUUCUUGGGUUUCAAGAAAUUGUUCCUUUAAAUGCUGGAAACGUGUUGGGAACAGAGGAUAAUGGCCCGGCUAAAAAAUGGUUAGCACUCAUUCGUAAAACUCUGAACAGUCUUCCUGGUACAAGUGGUGGUUGUUACACGCCCUCCCCAGUUCCCGAUCCCAUUGCUGAACUGGAUGCGGACUUUGAAGGGUCAAUGGCCCAGAAGGCCCCAUGUUUUUUCAACCGUCACUCUUUCCAGACACUCAGCCGUAGCAUGAGAGUAACUGAGAAUGACAUUUCAGGGCUGGAGCCUCGGCUUGAUCGUCGAUUUAGUGUGUGCGAUAGGGUUAUGUUAGGUAAAAGGCCUAAUGACUAUGGUGGGUCCUCUGAUGAUGAAAAUGAGGAAGGCGAUUCACCCUGUUCGACCCAGUAUUCUCCAGAUUCAUAUGAUGGCUCUGUGUCCAUGGAUGAAAGAGAGAGACAACCAGGGCAGUCUAGAUACUGUUUGGUAGCCAGUAAGCAGAUGGUAGGGAUUUUUCUCACUGUUUGGAUAAGGAGUGAUCUAAGAGACAAUGUCAACAAUAUGAAAGUGUCUUGUGUUGGCAGAGGUUUGAUGGGCUACCUUGGGAACAAGGGUUCGAUCUCAAUUAGCAUGUCUAUACACCAAACAAGUUUCUGCUUCAUCUGCAGUCAUCUGACUUCUGGACAGAAGGAAGGUGAUGAGCUUCGAAGGAAUGCUGAUGUCAUGGAAAUUUUGCGUAAAACAAGGUUCCCUAGAGUUCGUGGUUUGGGUGAUGAGAACUCCCCACAAACUAUUCUUGAGCAUGAUCGCAUCAUUUGGCUAGGGGAUUUGAAUUAUCGGAUUGCUUUGUCCUAUCGAAUGGCUAAAGCACUUGUGGAGAUGCGCAACUGGAAAGUAUUGUUAGAAAAUGACCAGCUAAGGAUAGAACAGAGGCUAGGACGUGUUUUUGAGGGAUGGGGUGAAGGAAGGAUAUAUUUUCCUCCAACGUAUAAGUACUCAAAUAAUUCAGAUAGAUAUGCUGGUGAUAAUAUAAAAGAAAAGCGAAGAACACCCGCAUGGUGCGAUCGUAUAUUGUGGUAUGGCCGAGGAAUUCAUCAAUUGUCUUACGUUCGUGGUGAGUCCAGAUUCUCGGAUCACAGACCAGUCUACAGUAUAUUUUUAGCAGAGGUAGAAUCCAUUAGUCGUAGCCGAGUCAAGAAAAGUAUGAGUUGUGCUAGUUCUCGAAUUGAGGUCGAAGAGUUAUUGCCAUACUCCCAUGGAUAUAGCGGACUGAACUAUUUCUACAGCAUGGAUCCUCAGUGAAGUAUGAUCUCUGUUUUAAUCACUGGGAUUAAACAUCCCGUGUCCUGCUAAAUAUUGUAUGGGGCUUCCAGACAUCCAUGUCAUGAACGCAAAUUCAAUUCAUAAACUUUAUCAAUCUGGCUUAUAAAUUUCCAAUGGCAGGUAGCUCUAAUCUCUUUCCUACUUUGUACUAUUUCUUUUGCAGAAUGCAUUUCAAGUUUUGUUCUUUGGCACAUACUUUUUCUUGUCUGAUAUAUCAAAUCCACAAUUUCAGGUCAGCCUGGAGAAAAUGUCCACUGGUUACACUGGAGCAGUUUUUGCCUCAUGCUAUGAGGUUUGCCAUUUCCCAUGGGACCUUUGUUGUCUGUGGCUGUUUUGGUGAUGUUACACGUAGUCAUGUCCUCCAUACUUUUUUCCUACUGCCAACGGGUUCUGAUGGCCUAAGUUUUGUCCCACUCGGCUCAACUCUUUUGAUUCUUUUCAAGCAUCAUCUCCCCUAAGAUAUUGACCUCCAUGAUGUGCAAUGACAAUUGGAUAAGCACACAGUGAUCAUAGUUCUGUCUGAAUCGGGAGAAAAGGGCUUUUUGUUUACCAUGUUGAUUCAUGGUUUUCGGGGUAUUGGCGCAACUCGGACCAUAUUCGCUGGUUUAUUAACAUAGAUAGACAGAUUAUAGGGGUGUAGAAGAAAGUCAGUAAAUUUUGUAGAGAAAAGAAAACGCACUGUUAUUGUGAAUUCUGCUGUAAAUGGCUAGGCGAUAAAAUGAGAGAGGGAGGAUCUCUCCCUUUGGUGGAUACUUUAAUCAAUGUACUCUGUAACAAUAAUGAGUUGAAAUGAUUAUUUGAAAGUCAAAGGAAAAAAGAUGAUUUGAAACAUGAAGCCCCAUUGUCUUUCCUUCAAUUGCUA